CAGAACCUCAAAUCUCGAUUAAACUAGUUAAUGAAGUCUUCUCUUAAUAAGGAAAUCUGCCUCUUCCACCAUUCCCAAUCACUUUAUAUGUCCCCUCGACCUGCUUCAGUCUCCCUCUUCCCCAGCAAGAAUGUAUUCAUAGCUGUUAUCUCUCGCUGAACACACCAAUAGAGAGAGAGAGAGAGAGAGAGAGAGAGAGAGAGAGAGAGAGAGAGCGAGAGAGUGAAAGAGAAAGAGUGAGUGAAAGAGAAAGAGUUAUUGUCUGCAACAAUCUAUCUUCUUGAGCAAAGGAUAACAAGCAAGUGGCUUUUGGUAGCUGCUGUGGUGUUCUCUUUGCGGGUGAUGUCUGAGAAGGUGAAGAAGUACCUCGUUGUGGUGGUCGGAAGAGAGGUUUGACCGUUUGAGGGGGAAGGGGAGGGAGGAGAGGGGAGGGUGGAAAGGGAUGAGCAACAGAGGGGUCUUCACGCCGGCACAAUGGCAGGAGUUGGAGCACCAGGCGUUGAUAUUCAAGUAUCUGAUGGCGGGAAUUCCAGUGCCUCCUGAUCUUGUUGUGCCGAUUCGGAGGAGUUUGGAGUCGAUAUCAGCCAGAUUCUUCCACCAACAAACCACGGGUUGGAGCUCAUUUUAUGGGAAGAAGUCGGACCCAGAGCCUGGAAGGUGCCGGAGAACUGAUGGGAAGAAGUGGAGGUGUUCAAAGGAUGCUUAUCCUGAUUCAAAAUACUGUGAGCGGCACAUGCACAGAGGCCGCAAUCGUUCAAGAAAGCCUGUGGAAACGCAAACCAUCUCACAGUCAUCGACUGUGACUUCACUUGCUGCUGCUGGUGGUACCAGUUUCCAGAGCCUGCCAUUGCACUCCAUCAAUAGUUCCCAAGAGCCUAGUCCUGGAAGUGCUACUUCACAGAUGCAAGUGCAGCCUGGAACAUAUGGGAUCGGUAACAAAGAGUUUAGGUAUCUUCCAGGACUGAAAGAUGAAACUGAUGAGCAUAGUUUCUUUGCUGAAGCAUCAGGAAGUUCAAGGAGCUUUAGAAUGGAUUCAUCUCUCGAUAGUUCUUGGCCCUGCAUGCCCUCUAGAGUCAAUUCGUUUCCUCCAUCGAAGCAAAGGAGUGGGUCCCUAUUGCAGAGCAAUUAUUCUCAGCUACAGGCACUGGAGGAUCUUGGUUCUACAACCAUUGCCUCUGCACUUUCAAAGCAGCAUCAACCACAACAUUGCUUCCUUGGCAGCAAUCUUGGUGCCAUUGAAUCUAUAAAAGCUAACAGGGAAUCUGAAGGCCAAUGUCUACGGCCCUUUUUUGAUGAGUGGCCCAGAACAAGGGAUUCAUGGUCUGAUUUGGAGGAUGACAGAUCUAACAGAGCCUCUUUCUCAACUACCCAGCUUUCCAUUUCAAUCCCUAUGUCUUCGUCUGACUUCUCUGGGACAAGUUCUCGUUCUCCAAAUGGUUAAUGUGUCUGAUAAUGCAUGCUUGCAUCAUGGGGUUAAUGUGUAUUUUCACUAUUGCUGUGUCCUUCCAUAGAGAUGAUUGAAGAUGACACCAUGGCGGUGUGGUAUCAAGAAAACAGAGGAUCUGAUUGGGCAAAAUUACAGAAUGGAUCCUUUUACUUGAGUCCUGAUUUUGUCUGUCCGUUAGUUUUGCUUUUGUGUUUGGAUUGCUUUAACAACUCUUUGUUAAACCUUUUUAAUAGUGAUAGGGAGUAUAAUGUCUCCGGUUUGGCCUUAAAUUUGCUUAUGCCAUGGAUAAACAUCGCCAAACAUUCUGUAAAAGAUGGUGAAAAAAUCAUAUCGAGCCUUUCCUUGAGAAUGUA